AUGAACACCAUUUUGGAGGCAACAAAUAAUAACCCCAGUAAAUUUGUAAGUAUGACACAAAUACAAUUAAGUCAUAUAUGUGAAUUUCGCUGCGGCAAAAGUGGUCUUUAUAAAAGGGUUAUUGGUAAGCAGCAUGAGUUGAUUAUUCAAAUGAAUAGACGAUUAAAGGAGGAAAAUGCCAAAACACCGUGUAAAUAUAUGGCAAGAUCCAAAGUUAGGAAAGGAGACCGACUAGUCCAUCUUUUGAUCAUCCAGCCGAUAAUUUGCGAAUUUGUUAAAAAAGCUGUGGUUUAUUUGAAGAGCUUAUUUGCUUCGUCAAACACCUCUGCCUUUGUGCAUCCACCCGUCAAUUGGGUUAAGCUUAUAUUUAAUGGUUUUGGAUGUAAUCCACCUAAAAUUAUCUAUCAUAAUUUGACAAGCUCACAUGCAUAUGAGCUACAGUUAAUAAUUUCAGCUCAGAAAAUAUUUAUUUUUAUUAGAACCACAUGUAUCAUAUUUAUAUUUGUAGUGGUGAGUACCGAGCAUGCAGGCAUGGUUACUCUGCAUUCCUCAUUAAUGCCAUCAAUGCAUAACUCUCACUGCCGAUAUGAUUUUAUUUGUGCUGAUGGGUUUUCACAGUCUCAUCGGUUUGCUUUGAGGCGAUUUAACGAAAUGCGUAUAAAUCAUCAAGACACUGAACUCGAAAUUUCCUCAUCCUCGGAGGAGUUCCGUCAGUUCAAUGCACUUAUCGCGACGGAUGUUCGAUUCGGUUUCAAAACAUCCACAAAAUAUUCUUGGUUUUUUUAUAUAGAUUUAAAAAGUCAAUUUGAAGAAGGCGCUUUCCGCAUAACUGUUGAAAUUGAUUUGGAAAUACGAAGCUUUAGAGGCCACAUGAUGGGUCAUACUCCUGACGAUGCUCCUUACUAA